GCCAUUUUGAAAAACAAAGCUGGCAAACAGGGUUUUUUUUUUGGGCAGCGAUCGAGAUAAAAUUUUGUCCAAUAUUGUUCCGCUGUAUCGGGAUCAAUAGUAUUAUUUUGUAAAGAAGGCAGUAAAUUAAGAUGGAAUGCGUGAAAACUAUCGAUGGAUUUAUCAAAAACUCACAAUCUACGAGGAAAUCUCCAACUUCACUUUUUUUGAGACCAAGCUGAAAUAACAAAAUGACAGCCAACAACAGCGAAAAUUGUGGCCAUGAUGUUGUGUCUACUUCUUUCCCAAAGGAGAUCUGUUACAUAGAUGCACAGAUAAACAGUCUGCUAGACGUACAUCUAGAUCCACGAUUACUCUCCGUAAAUCUACAUUGCAACAAUAUUUCUGUGAUAGAGAAUCUUGACAGACUGCAGCACCUUAAACACCUCGAUCUGUCGUCCAAUCGCAUCACAAGAAUGCAAGGGCUUGGUGGUUUGAUGAGCCUAAAAACCCUCAACUUAUCCUGCAACGAACUGCGUGUAGUUGAAGGAUUGGAUAGUCUAAGGUCCUGCUUUGCUUAAUUUCUUUUUUUGAAAUGUUGCUGGGGUCAGGGGAAGUAGGAGAGUUCUCAAGUCUAAAUAUGGCAAGUUAAGGCAUGCUAUUAAAAGAUAAUGGCCUAGUCUCUUUGCAGCAGUGAUGGUGUCGUUGGUGGAUAUUUACUGAACCACAAAGCAGUGAGAUAAUAGAGCAAUUAGGGAUGAUUUUAAUUAAUUUAUUUUUAUGUGACGAUCACAGUGUUUUCAGUUGUAAGUUGCUGGGAGGUGAAUAGCAAAGAACAUUUGGAGUUUGAGUAGCCAAUGAGGGUGCAUCCUCAAUGCUAUCUACUGUUUUAGUUUAUAUUAAAACAAAGUAACUUUCUCUUCAUAAUCAUUGGAUCUUCAUGAUUCUCUGUUCCCAUUCCCUAAAAUCUGAAGCAAAUAUUUAAUGAGACACUAUUAUGAUAUUGAAAUGCAUUUAAAUUGAUUUGCAACAGAAUUUUGGAAAUAUAAAAGAUUAUCAGUUCGAAAGUACUUUUUUAUGGGAGUUGCAAAAGAAAACAGAUUUGGGAAAUUUGUCUCACCAGGGAAUGUUUGACUUCUUAAACAUUUUUAUUAAUUUGUUUCCUUGUAGGAAUCUGGUUAAGCUGGAUUUAUCCUAUAAUGUAAUCUAUGAUCUCUCAGGCCUAAAGAAAAUUCAUGGAUCCUCCUUUAGCUUACGAAGCUUAUAUCUCCAUGGAAAUGAGCUUAGUUCACUGGAUCAUUUAAUUAACUGUCUUGCUGGAUGCAGAAUGCUUCAAGAGUUGACAUUGUCACUGUAUGGGGAAGCCAACCCUGUUUGUGAAAUACCAGAUUAUCGAUCCAGUGUACUGGCUUCACUGAAAAAUUUGGAAGUGUUAGAUGGCCAGGACAGGACUGGGAAACCAGCAGCAACAAGGGACAGUGUGCUUGACAUUCCAGGUUGGAUUCUUGGUUUUUGUUAAUUACUUUAUUCACCAAAUUAAAUGGGCAGCAUCUAUUUAUUUUGUAAUGUUUCUGGUGCAGUGGUGUUUAUAUUUGCACAAAAAUGAACAGAAAGCUUUUAUGUCUCCCUUGCUUGUGAUAAAUUUAACAGUGAUGGUGUAUAGUACUGAGAUGAAUGAUACUAUAAUCCUUGAGUAAAUGCCUCAUAUUCCUGGUAUUCUUAGGUAAUUUUGUCCCCAUCUUAAAAGAGGGAUAUUGAUUAAUGUUAUUUUUUAGAAUUGACUUUGCUGGGAUGGACUUUCUUAUAGAGAAAACUAAUUUUUUUGUUAUUGACAAUUAACAGAAAUGGAUGACUAUCUGGAAUAUUUAGAAUCAGAAAAUUCCUCUGAAAUCCCUAGUGUAAGUAAAUUCUAAAAUUUUGUUUAAGUAUAAUUAAUGUAUUCUUAAACAUGUACAGGUUAGUUGUGUUCUUGAAAUUGGAGUGACUGUGACCCAGAAAACUAUAAUUUGUUCCUUCUUUUUCCAGAAAGAAACAAAGUAUGAAGUUUUGACUCCAAAGAUUGACUUGGCGCUGGACAGAUUCAGGCAACGAGGACCUCUGUCAUCAGAAACUGACGCUGGAGAGGAGAAAAGAACUGAGAAUCCCACUGAGGUUUGCACCACAUUACAUACCCUUUGGAUUUUAAAAUAAAAGAUUUUCCAUAUAGGCAGACACAGCAAAGAGAAAUAAUAAUUUAAAGAGAAUUCAAAAGUUCAUAUAAAUAUUAUGCUUAUUAUAAAAGGUGACUGGGGAGAUGAAGAAGCCUUCUAGUAAUACCAUGGUUGUAACUGGAUCAAAAGUCUUCAUAAAACUUAGGAAUCAAGUUAUGUAUAAUUUGAUUAUAAAUGUGUCAUUUAGAUGAAAAAGAAGUGCUUUUGUUGACAAACAAUGCUUUAAAUAUUACAGGUUGUAAAAGUUGAACAGGGCUGUAAAUAGACAAAUGAAAUAAGAAAAAGAACUUUAGAUAUGCCACCUUCCCAGGGUGGUUCUUUGUCCACCAUUUUUCCAAUUUAAUUAUAAUUUGGAGAGCUAGUUUUUCUUGGAGACAAUAAAACUGAAAACCUGGAGGAAAGUCUUUGGCGAAAGAUUCGGCCUGCCACAACAUCAAUCUACAUGUGAUGUCAGGAGCAGGAAUGAAACCCCAGACCAAACCUGUGGGAGGGAAGCACACUCACCACUGAUCCAUCCUUGCUUCUCUGUUUUUUUCAUUAGUUUUCACUUUGUUUUUCAGAGGCCAGCUGUUAAAGUAAGCCUGUCAGCUGAUCAUGAGAUUCGUUUAGAGACUCUUGAACAUCAACUUAACCGUCUCAUUCACAACACAGUAAGUUAUAUGCUAAUUACCCAUCUAAGUUCAGUUGUGCAAAGGGGAGAUAGCACUAUCCAACUGAUAAAUUGCUAUCCAUUAGAUAAAUGAUAACAAAAUGAACUGUGCUAUCCAAUGGAUAGAGAUUUCUGCAGUGGAGAGAAUUAUCCAACCUUUAAACAACUGGGGCCUAAAGACAUUGAAAUGAUUUAGUUGGACUGAAAGGAUCCUUUACUAUAAGGAGAUGUCCUCCAAGUUUCUGUAGAAUGUAGAACUUAUAGUUUUUGUUAAUUGUCACUUUUUGGGGGAUGUAGUUGGGACAGUCCUGUGUAAGAUCUAAUAGGGAUCUUUUAAAAUUGUUAGAGGACUUAAAUUUUUAAAUUGUCCAGAGGAAAUGAAGAUUUUGUGACAAGGAGCCAAGACCUAUGUCACUGUGACUUGUUCUAGAGCAUAACCCUUAAGGAAGCUUAAUAGUGUGAACCAUCCAUCAGAUAAGAGUUAUUUAUGGUACAUGUUUGGCAAGGAAUUUUGAAUCCUAGGGGUCAAAAAAUUUAUUCUUGUGGUGAGAGAAAAAAAAAACAUGGUGCACAUGGAAUAUAAAUGAUUAUUUUUUUGCAGGAAAGAGCACAGGUUUCAGGGCAGAUCAGAAAUCCAAGUGCAGAGCCUGGUAGGUUUGAAGCUAGCAGGAGGAUGAUAACAUUUAUCUUGUCCAAAUUUUUAAAUGUAUGGUGGUUUUGGAAGUGUUCAAGUCCUUAGGUACUGGCUGAAAUAACACAAAGUUGUUUUCACUUAUCUAGACCACAUCACAGACAUCAGUGAAUUGUGAAUUAUUAAAGAAAGAGAGGGUGAUAGGGUGCUGUUUAACUGUAGGGUCUAAGGAGGCUGUUGAUGAUAGGGUGCUGUUAAACUGUAGGGUCUAAGGGGGCUGUUGAUGAUAGGGUGCUGUUUAACUGUAGGGUCUAAGGGGGCUGUUGAUGAUAGGGUGCUGUUUAACUGUAGGGUCUAAGGGGGCUGUUGAUGAUAGGGUGCUGUUUAACUGUAGGGUCUAAGGAGGCUGUUGAUGAUAGGGUGUUGUUUAACUGUAAGGUCUAAAGAGGCUGUUGCAGAUGUGCUAAUACCAGUUUAGAUGUGUACAUGCACAGAUAAACACAAAACAAAUAGUUGUAGGCUGCUUUCUCCCUUAAAGCCCCAGAGUGUUGAAGGGAACAAGUGUAUAAUGUACCUUUGAAUGGGGGGAAGGAGAAAGACACACUGUCCCCAAUCACUUUCACCAAAAAGUCCUCCAUCCAUAACCAAAAAAAAAAAGGUAAUAAAAUGGCUUGCUAUUUAGUCUCAUGUUAAAGAGUGCAAGCACAUAUCACAUGAUGUUGUUAUUCUCACUAGAUAUUAACCGAUCAGCUGAUUCUGAAUCAACUGAACUGCCAGACAAAAAGAAAAAAGUACAACUUUCACCCAAAGCUAGAAGAAGUCAAUGGGUUCCAGUAUCAAAGAAGCCAGGACAGACAAAGACACGCACCAAGCCAGCGGUUCAUGUCACAGUGGAGUCAACAAGCUCCACAUCACCAUCAGAUGAACAAGUGAGAAAUCUGAUGAUAAAAGGCAAGACUGCAUUGAAGGGGAGGACUGUUAGGGAUCCUAAAGAUGAUGAGACUUUCCUGGUCAGUGAAUUAUCUCUGUUCUUUAAAUUUCAAUUCCUUGAGCCUCUAACUAACAAGAUCGAAUAAGUAAUUCUCCCUUCAAGCUCCUGUACAAUUGUUUUUUAAUUAACCAGGAGACUUUGCUGUUAUAUCAGUUAACUAACACUCUUUGGCUGGAUAGCAUUUUAUUCUCACUACCAGUUUGUUUCAUAAUGUAUUGAUAUCAUGAGGAGAAGUUACGUUUUGAUCACUUUUACGAGAUCAAGGAUUUCAAGAAUUAGAUCGAGCUUCUUGUCCCCACAAGUUUGUGGACAUGAAAAUUACGUUUGCUAGGAGGAAACCUGAAACUAAUAAUUAUCUGAAGAAAAAAAAAACUCUAAUUAGGUAAGAGUUAAACAAGAUCAGAUUCGCAUGGAUUGAAGAUGGCCAAUUUGAAAAGUUUGCGGUUAGGUUUAAAACCAUGAUCUGCCUCCGGUAGGAAUUCUUGGCGAUUUCUUUGCUUCCUUUUCACUUUUUCCCACCACACGAAUGAUUUGGUAUGUCUUUGAUUCCAUAUGUAAUUUACUCUGCAGUCACUCAUUCAAGAGUUGGACUCUGAGCGCGAGAGACGAUGGAAAGCUGAACGGGCUGCCAGGCGGAUGGUUGAAGCCAUCAAAGAGCUUCAACAGAGAGGUUUGAGUUGGGUUCUCUUGUAACUUUUUUGAUCAGAAAGAGUUGACAUGUAUUUUUCUUCAACGUGGAAGUUUUUUCGUGCGUGCCAGGACUUCUAGGGAAGCGCAAUUUUCCACGUAAGAAAAACACAGUAUUCAAUGUAUCAUCACCUUGGCAUAUUCGUUUUAAAAUGUCUUCUGAAAACGAUCAGAAGACAACUGGACGUCUGUUUCUCCUCGGUCAAGGAACGCGAAAAACACAGGAAAAUUGUCUUAUAGCAGUGUGGGUCACAUGACCAUACCGAUUUCACAACAGAGGGUAGAGGGAAUUUUUUUCGCUCUCUUGUUUUGUCUUUCAAACUUUUUCGGUUUACUUUAACGUGAUUGGGAAGUACCUAAGUUACUUGUCUACAAGAGUGAUUAUCGAAGAGCUGAACCUUUCUCUGUGUCUUUAAUGUCAGUUGUGACCCCCGCGAUCGAGUUCCUUAUCUUUCCUAAUUUUCUUGUGCUUUUGUGUUUCUACUUUAUAGAGGCAGAGGAGAAGAAACUAAGAGAGGCUUCUCUUGCGGCGAGCAGUCGCCUGAAGCGUGCAUUACUCAAAGAGAAGGAAACUAAGGAUUGUUUACAGAAAUCUUUAAAUGAAUUGCAGGUGUGAACGUUAAAACGAUUGGCGACCUUUACAGCAUGUGAAAAAUAAAUGAAAAAUAAGACUGUAAAGUUAAGCUUCUUUUUUUUAAAAUUGCUUGUCCCAUGGAGCACAACCAAAGUCAUUUCAGUCUUCUAUGUUGCACGAAAGCUCUUAAUUUUUUUUUUUAAUUUUUCUGAAUUUAUUUGGUGUCAGACCCAUAAUGUCGGGCUGACUGAAGAGGUGAAGAGAUUGCAGGAAAAUGAAGAAGAACAACAAAGAGCAUUGCGAGCCUUGGAACAAGCCACUACCAAGAUGGAGACUGAAAAAAUCAAACAGCACGCUGAAGCGGUACGAUAUGUACUCUAAUUCCAGUCAGUUAUCUCUUGUAGAUGAUGAACUUUCUGGAGUUAGAAGCUGAUUUAAAGCUUAGCUUCAAGGUUUUAAUUUAUUUUGAUUUUGUCUGCUUCUUCGAAUUUUCGCGUUACUAUCACUGGUUUGCUGUACGGCGCUUUUCAACUAAGUAUUGUAAAAUCGAAAGUAAGGUAGUCACAACGGUCCAUCACAACAAUCAGUACAAAGAAAUAUCACAACGGCCAAUCAGAAAUCGAAGCAAAAGCCAGCAAACUGCGCAAAACAUGUGAGCACGUGUUAACGUAAGUGACCAAUCCGCGACUGAUUUCAGUUUAGUAUCUGAUUGGUUGCUGAAAGCGUGUUAUCACAACGGCCUAUCAGAACUCGAAGCAAAAGCCAGCUAACUGCGCAAAGCACGUGCCAACGUGAGUGACCGAUCCGCGACUGAUUUCAGUUUAGUAUCUGAUUGGUUGCUGAAAGCGUGUUAUCACAACGGCCUAUCAGAACUCGAAGCAAAAGCCAGCUAACUGCGCAAAGCACGUGCCAACGUGAGUGACCGAUCCGCGACUGAUUUCAGUUUAGUAUCUGAUUGGUUGCUGAAAGCGUGUUAUCACAACGGCCUAUCAGAACUCGAAGCAAAAGCCAGCUAACUGCGCAAAGCACGUGCCAACGUAAGUGACCGAUCCGCGACUGAUUUCAGUUUAGUAUCUGAUUGGUUGCCGAAAGCGUGAUGCUAAUUAUCUCGACCAAUCACAAACCAUAGUCAAGGAAACCAGUGCAAUUCUGGGUAACUUUUACUGACAAGUUCAAUUGCUGACGGGAACUUGCUAAAGUAAUUAGGGUCUCAGAGAUCAGAAAUACUCAAGAAAACGAUGUCAAACGAUUAGUAAAACUCAUCCAAAGGAGCUCAAACAUUUUUAAGGUGGCUUUCAACGAAAACUUCGUUUAAUAGUUGUGCUGUUUUUAAGGUCACCCAACUGCAGCAGGAGCAGAUGAAAGUGGGCGCCUUAACAAAAGAGUGUGAGCUGUCAAAACAUUCAGUGAAACAACUGAAAGGUCAGGUCCAUCAGCUACAGGAACUCCUCGCCAACAGAGAGCAGGAACACAGGUAAACUAGUUAAUCCUUUAACUUCCAGAGGUGAUGUAACAUGUAACCUCUCCCCACAAUAUCCAUACAUUCUCCAGCAAACAGGUAAUGAGAAUACUCAAACUUAUCAGGUACAAGUUGAUGUCUUGAUCUAACACCAAAUUCUCGCAACUUAUUCACAAGAAAAUGUGUAGCAGCUUGUGGGGAGAAUAAUGUUCGGAUCUUGGGAGUUAAAGAGUUAAGAGGCCAAUUAUACCAUAAUAUUACCGUAAUAUUCCGCGGUAACUUAUACCAAAGUCGAUUUCCUCUGGAUUUCUUUCAUAAAUUUUUUACCUUAAUUUUGCCAUGGGUUACUCGGUAAUUAAUCCUCAGUCAGGAGACAUUAGUUCUCAACAAGUCCUUAAUGCUGUAAUGAUUAAACCGAUAAUUUCACGCAAACCUUAGUGAUUACUAUUCCUUGAUGGCAGAAAAGCAGUGGAGGACCUGGUGCGAGUGGACGGGCAGGAGAUGCGGGAGCUAGUAGAACGGGAGGCUGCUAAGCAAGAGGGUUUUCACCAGCAGAUUAUUAGAGAAUAUCAAGAAAAGUAAGAAAGAAACUGGUGACAAGUGACUGUUGUCUGUAGCCUUUUGAUAGUCCUGACCCGUAACGAAACAGUAUCUUAACAUGCCCUAAUUAAAGGCGAAUUAGGCGGACUAAAGUAUUCAGCCUGUGUAGUCGGUGUAACAACGCUGAUAAAAGCUCAUUAACUAGUGACUUUAUAAGUUUUCGGGAUAUUUUCUGGCGCCAUGGUAAACUUAAGUUACCGAGAAGCCGGAGACUACGAAAGAUUUCAUAGGUUUGACGUAAAUACACAAAACUUCAGCUAUGAAUCAAGAAGGAAUGCCUAAUGGCCAAGGAUGAAAAAAUGAAACUGGAUUGAAAAUUACGAACAUGAACAAUUUACAAUUGGAUUUUUCAAGUGACUCGCCCUUUUUGACAAGUCGCACUCUUUGACUGAGGUACCGCCUGAAAUUUUUCCUCAGUAGGUUUUCUUAGUAUCUAGCAGCUGGGAUGGCAGUGUAAAAAAUAAGCUAAAUCGUGUUAGGACGUUAUAUUUUCUGUCUGGUUAUUGAGUACAUGUAACGCAUUGUGCCGGACGCCCAUUGCUUCAUGAACCUCGGCAUUUGUUUGUGGCGCCAAAGGAUUCCCUGGUACGUAGAUGGUAGAGUGUGCAAGGUUCGAAUUCCUCGGGUCGAAUCCUACAUUCUAGACAAAUAUCCAACACCUUCUUUACGUCUUGACUCCAUGACAGGUUGAACAAGCGUGAUCUGGAUUAUGCUGCACUUGAAGACGAGUUCAGAAUGGGUCUACAGAUUGAAGCUAAUAGGUUUAGAGAGGUUUGUAAUUCUAAUUAACACUUUGUAGAUUACUUAGAGAAUGCGUGUUAGGUCUUAAAAGAACCAAGUCUCUGUGGCAAGAAUUGAACUUUUGCUGUUUGCAUUUCGCACUUUUCCCAAAAAUAUGAAAAUACUUCCAUAAGUUGUGAAUAGGAGAUCUCCUUCUCCUUUUUGAUGGUUCCCUUGAGGGAUAAGAAGAAAAGUGAAAGAAAUCUGAGGUAAAGUUUAGCGUUCACACUGCAGCUUAGUUAACUUGGUUGGAAAUCCGUCUGUGAUCUCUUCUCUUAUCCUCAGUGCCAAAAUACCUUUAAUUGCGAGAAACUUUCGAGAAACCUUGUCAUAGAAAUUAAUUCCACUUCCUUUUCCAUUUCGCUGUACAAAAUAGCUGCAAGAGGCGUUUGAGCGAAUGAGCGAUGAGCAUGCGCAACAGAAGGAGGCCCUACACACAAUAAAACAGAAGGAGAGCAAAGCAACUAAUAUGGUCAAUGAACUCACAGCGGUAAGAACUUUUUGAUGAAUGAUUGUUUGAGCUGAUUGGAGGGGCUCUAUUUCACUUUCCCUUUUAUUUAUUUUAAAGUAUAUAAAUUUUCUGAAGCUGCUCGUCAUUUUCAAUCUCAAGGCCAGUCUUGGUGACGUGACGUUUUCAUGAUUUCAACUUAAGUGGUAACAUCUUUUUAAGUAUUCUUGCUUUUUUUCGUUCAGCAAGAAUGUUUUCAAAACCCUCUAUGUUCUUCGGCGAUCGGUCGAUGGGAGUCGCACACGCUCUGUGUACUUCGGGAAAUGGACUACAAAAAUUAGACACGCUUCGUUCGCUUUGGGGAUAAACAGUCUUAUACCCUUCGUGUACUCUUUUUUUUUCCAAAUUUGGUUUUGUAAGCCGUGGCCACCACUGAUCUUUCUAUUUAUUAAUUUGCACAUAGAUGGUGAAAGAACAACGUGGGAGAUUAAGUGAGCUGUCACUAGGGAGGCAAGAAAUUGUCGGAGAUUACAAGGUGUGGCUAUGAUUAUCUAUCCAGAUUUACCCUUGGGGAAAAUUUAUCAUCCCAGGGGUAUUGCAGUGUUCCCCGUCUCAUGAUAUCCCAAUCCAAUUAAGGCUGGUUACUUUUAAUACAUGAUUAAAAUUUAAACUAAAAGAAAAUUCCUUUUUAGGUUGAAUUUGUUGUAUAAGAACACGAUUUAUCGUUAAAUUUGGUAUAAAUAAGCACUUGGAAAUUUUUCAAAGACGCCUUAUGGCUUGUACACUUUUGGUGUCUUUUAAAAAUUUACUCGUAUUAUAUUUAUUUACACUAAAUUGCACCGGAUAUCAUGUUAUUACUUACACUAAUAGCCUAAGAUUAGAGUUAACCUCCAGUUGGUUUUAUCUGAUUUUGAGGGAAACCUGGAGGAAACAAGGUAUAGACAAGGUUUUCUGUAAAGCUACCAAAGUAUGUUGAUGGUAUUGUCUUGUUUCGUAGGAAAGAAUACAAAGUUUAGAGAAACAACUUAACGAAGCUAAUAAACAGUUGACGAGACUGGAAGUACUAGAACAAGUAAGUAUCAACAUCACAAACAAAGGGCAGAGGAUUCUUUUCUGUUUGAGCAUUAAUGACACAAACUCAAAGGGAAAUGUUUUUCUUAAAAUCAGUAAAUGACUUAAAACAAUUAAAUUCUCGUGGCAAAAGAAAGACCUAUACACGAGGUAAAGCCUGGCCAUCCGUAAAGACCAUCAAUAGCUAAGGACCAGAAUGAGAUUUCUAUUCGCUGAUGACCUGCUGUUCGUCACCUGUGCGGGUCUGCUGUAGCUCCAAUCUUGGAUAGAAUAAAAGGAACAAUCAAUCUUCCUUUCCCUCUCCCCCCCAAACACACACACAAAUUAAAGGAGCAACGAUAAGACCUACGUAGAGCAUUACAAGAAAUUACAAAUCAUGUAAUUUGUCCAAGAUUGUCGAUAGUCAUUCCUGUUUGUUUUUAGGACAAAGCUAAGUUGACGGCUCAGAUACGAGCUCAAGUAUCAGUCAUGGAAGGCCUGAGAACCGAAAGAAAACUAUGGAGCGAGGAGCUUGCCCAACAAGGUAAUGAAAUGUUUGCAAAAACACCUAACUUUUAAAAUAAUUGAUUCUGAGUAAGAGCUUUGUGCUGUUUGUUGUCACCAGGAUCGUCCCUUGCUCAGGAUCGAGGACGAAUGGAGGCUCGCAUAGAGGCGCUGACUGCUGAAGUCGGUGAAGUGAAGAAGGAAUGCCAGGCAAGGAAAGAUAGAGCAAUAUUUGAUUGAGCGUCGAAUGUACUCCGGGAUUGCUAAGAUUUUACUUUCCUUCACUCCGGGGUUGAUCAAGAAAACCCGUGCCACUUAUUUAACCGAUGAGAUGCAAAACAAAAGCCAAUCGCGUGUCGGUCACUGGGGUCCUCCCGCGUUAGAAGUCGGGUUCUCAUUGGCUUCCUGUUUGUAUAUUAUCUUUAUCAGCUGUUAUGGUUAAUUUGAUUUUGUUUCUUGAAAGCUCAAUCGAAAGGCGCCCUUAUGAAACAAACCAAUCGUCUUCACGCUCCUUUAUGCAUUUUUGAAGCUUUUUCUUAGUAUUGUUGGUUGUUUCAGUGAUGUUGAAUGUUUCGAAUAUCAAGUUAUUCUGACGUUCCUCCGAAGACACCUUCGCAAACUUGCAGCUGGCGAAAAAUUUUAAAAUCUUUUAUGCAUCCUUCUUCUUUCAGAAUGCCAAUGAAACGAUCGCCAUCAAGGCUAAAGUUAUAGAGGAUCAAACGGACUCCAUUAGGAAGCUCAAACAGGUUAGUCCUUAAUCACACACUCAGAUAGUAACUAUUGAUCUCUUGUCCAUGAUGGCAGCUUUCUCUUUUUGGUUUUAGAAAAUUGCAGAUCAGGACUCUGACAUGCGCAAAAGGAAGGAAGAUGGCGAAGCACGUGAGAAAAACCUUGAGGAACAGCUAGCUGUUGAGACAUCAGCAAAUCAGGAGUUGCAAGUGAGGUUCUUUGGUGGUAGAAUGAGAAAGUUACUCUGACAGACCGCUUACUUAAACCUCAUUUGCUAUGACUCAAUUCUUUUGUUAUCCCAUCAUUGGAGAGUCCAAAGAGUUCAAGUUGAUUGGUCAAGAAAUCUCGUGACACGUGAGCCAAUGAGACACAAUACUAAAACCAGUUGCGGAGUGUGCACUUAAGUUUUCCCGCGCUUGAAGCGGCGUACUUGUAUUUUCUUUGAAUUCUCAUUGGCUCCUGUUGAUAUCGACCUUGUUCUGAUUGGUAGUUGCGAUAAUAUUUGUUCCACGACACUUAGUCGUAAGGCGCUUUGUGAUGCUACAACUUUUGCUUUUGUUAAACGUUAAAGGAACAAUUGGAUGGACUUGUGGACCGUAAGGAAUCACUCAAACAAGAACUAAGGAAAACACAGGAAGAGUUGGAGACCAGUAAGGAAAAUCACAGGUAUGCUAUCUGGUAUUACAUCUUUGAAAUAAACUGUGUUCAAAAAUGGACACAGUUAUAUUUUAGGACGACAGAAGAGUUUCGCAGUACUUCGUUUUAUUUUUAAAGCAUCCGUUUUAUGUUUAAAGCAUCAAGGAGGCGAAGAACUGAGGCGCAUCUGCGAGUUUCUCAUCUUUAUACGUAAUAUUUGACCUCUUGUGUUGGUAAACAGAAGCUAAAGUAAAUGGAGGCUUUUCAAUGUAAAAUUGUACUUGUUACUUGUGAUCUAAAUGUCAUCUGAUCUACAACAGGAUUUUGAAAACAAAAUGGCACGAAAAGAGUGAACUAAUAGGCAAGUUGGAAAAGGAAGUUGUUGAGAUGCGAAAUAACUUAAGAGGAAAGGAAAAAACUUUAAUUGAAGAGAGAGACAAAGCUGUGAAGGCGGCCGAGUAAGUAUUCCGAUUUUUUUGCUAGCUUACUGCUUUGAACGAAACAACCUUGCCAAGUGAAACAAAGCUAGCUCUAAGGGGAGACAAAAGCUUUGUUCGUAUUGUUGUUACAGUUAUUCGUACUCAAGAACUCCAGGAAACUUAAAGCGCAUAGGAUUAAGUGUGGAUACACCAAGCGAAAGUAACAACAUCAGUCAAUCAGAAGAGGGAAGAAUAAGACAGGCAGUCGUGAAAUGCGAGUGACUGAAAAGUGAUUGAUUUUAGUUUGAUUGGUAGAUCUGAUUGGUUGAGAGGGAAGUGCAAGUUUUUUUUUGACCAAUCGCAAAGCGAACUACAUACGAAACCAAAGCAAUCUGGAAUUACUUUCGGCGCUUUUUUAAACAUGACUCUAACCAGGUUGCCAGCCGAUGUCUUUGCUGUUACCUUUUUUUUGUAACCAUACGACUUUUUCCUUUUUCAAAACGCUCAGUUCCGCCGUAGAGAGGUUAAAAGUCUGUGAUGAUGCUUUCCGCAAACAGCUAGAACAAGAACGACGGGCGCACGAGCAACAGCUUCAGACACUGGCCAACGAAAAACAGCAGGAGGUAGAACGAGCUAAUAACAGGGUAAGGAAAGAAAGUGAAAAAUCUUGUUGAUCAUCACAACGGUUGUAUAUCCGAGGCACGUCUUCUUGAAUUAAAUUAUGAUCGUUUCAUCUUUCCUAAAAAUAUGGCGGUGUCCCAUGAAAAUCCAGGUAGGUCUCAUUCCGUGGAAAUCGAACGCUUGCGUGGAAGUUUCAUGCACUUUUGACCCGGAAGGCGUAAAAACCGGGAUAUGUUUAGAGCGGAGAAAAUCGGUCCGGUAGGGACGAACCCCAUAGACUUUAUUCUGAAAAUCUUUGUGGUCAGGGCCCAUUGAGCGCCAUUUCGCUGCGACAGGGCUUUUCAACAAACCGCUUUUUGAGCACUGCUUAAAAAAAACCCAAAUCGCUUUCAUUCGUUUAAACAUUGCGAUCAUUGCACAAAUUCAAUCAAUUUAGUUUUUGGGCGCCUUGUUGGGAAAAAAAUAGUUUUGUUCCAGGAACAAAUGCUCUCACCAAACAUCAUGUAAUACGAAGCGAAGUAUCGUCACGUCUUAUUCAAACCACGUAUUGAUAUGUGAACCUUUUCCUUUAAACUGAAUUACCACUAUUUCAGUCUAGUGCCGAAAAAAAAGAAACGGUAAGGUUGUGUUUUUCUCUUCCUUUUUUCGUAGGUCGUGGAAGUGGAAGAUGAGAUGCGCAUACUUCUACAAGAGAAUGCGCUGACAAAGAAAACUUUAGAGAAACGUCUGCAGAAACUCACAUCUGCUUUCACUGAAAUCCAACAUGACUUAGCUAGAACGUGAAUAUGCUACAAUACUUUCAACAAAUUGUAAAUAUUUUUCGUGAAUAUUUUCGAGAAAAACAGGUAUGUGAAUUAUGUAUGUAAUAAACGAUAACAUAAAUAUAACGGCAGUUUUAUCAAUGUUUCUUCUGGUUAGUAACGGGA